GUGUGUGAGUGUGAGAGAGAGAGUGAGUGUGUGUGUGCCCUUUGAUCCCUGCAUUAGUGUUAGUUAGGGGCUCGGAGACACACACUUACACAGAGAGCAGCCAUAGUCAAGACACGGGAACAACAACGCGAGCAGCAGCAACGGCGGCGGCGCCUGCCUCCGUCCGUGUCUCGUGCGCGGACAGCCAGGUGCACGCGAGCGCUGCCAUUUCCAUGGAGAGAAGCCCCGUUUCUCCUUGUCGCUGAGCGCGGAGGAGAAUGUGAGGAGAGAGGGGCAAAAUGCCCCGGAGGAAGCAGGAGCAGCCCAAGCGCCUGCCUUCGCAUGUGGACAGCGUCGAGGACGAUGCGGCUGAGAGGGGCCCCGUGGAAGAGGACGGCUGGUUCGGGAACGCCUCAGACACGCCCUCCGAGUCCUCCUACGGGGACCUGCAGGAUGACCUCCGUGCGACCCCCGACAGACCCCGGCCGGAGCAGGACGCUUCCGCCGAGAGUUCGCUGGGCUGCCCGACGCCCGUGCCCCUUCUGGGGCUGGAGGGGGACGCGCUGCGCCCGGGGCCUUUCUCUGCCCAGGACUCGCUCUCCUCAGUGGUGUCCUCGCUUUAUGGGGAAGCCUCCCGUGCCCUGGGCAAACCCCUGAGCAGCAAUCUGCGGCGCCUCCUUGAGGCAGGAGAGCUCACCUUCCGGGAAAGGGCAGGGGAGUCUCCGCCCACAUUGGGCUUGGGCCUGCUGCCGACUUCCCAUCAUGCUCAGCAGCUGAGCGCUCUUGCUCGGAAGCUAGCCAACAGCAACAAUAACAAUGGCAGCAGCUCGGCCACUGCAUCACCGGCCUCGGUGCCGCCUCCUCCGGCUGCCAUCAAGCAGGAGCCGUGCGAUGGGGGCAGUGGUUUCGUGUGGGCCGGAGCGGGAGACGUGUGGCCCCCCUCAGGCUGCUCGGCACCCAGCAGCAGCCUGUCCCCGGACUCGGCCAUACAGAAACUGAAGGCAGCCGCCAACGCCGUGCUGCAGGACAAGAGUGCCGUGGCAUCCUCCUCCUCCUCAUCCUCAUCCUCUUGCUCUUCCUCCUGCUCCUCCUCGAUGCCUGCUGCUGCUGGGGGGCGCUCCGAGGAAGCGGUACGCUUCGACGCCUUCAGCUCUCCCUUCAACCCCCAGUCGGCCAGCUCCACACUGGCGGCACUCUCCAAGAAAGUGAGCGAGAGGGGGCUCUCGGGGGGCCAGGUGGACCCCCAGGGCCCUGGCGGCCCCUUCCUCUCACUGGUCUCCAUGACCUCCUCCGCCGCGCUGCUCAAAGAGGUGGCGGCUCGGGCUGCCGGGAACCUCCUGGCUGACAAGAAUGAGACGCCGCUGGUGCCAGGACCCAGUGAGGAUGUGAAGCCCCUGCUGGAGCACACCCAGAAGCCCCCCACAUGCAGUCAGACUGCAGACCUCCAUCUGCCCUCCACCCCGAAGGGACGGGCUAAAGUCAACCACAGCCAAGGAGGCUCACCGGAGGAUGUGGGGAAGCCCUUUCAAUGCCCCGUGUGCGGCUUGGUAAUCAAGAGGAAGAGCUACUGGAAGCGGCACAUGGUGAUUCACACGGGCCUCAAGAGCCACCAGUGUCCUCUCUGCCCCUUCCGCUGCGCCCGCAAAGACAAUCUCAAGUCCCACAUGAAGGUCCACCAGCACCAGGACCGAGGAGAGACCUUCCAGUGUGAGCUGUGCCCCUUUACCUCCUCCCGCCACUUCAGUCUCAAACUGCACAUGCGCUGCCACCAGCACUUCCCUCGUGCUGAGGCCCGAGUUAAGGAGGAAGCCGCCACUGACACGGAAGGCGAGAGCUCGCCCCCGGCAGCCGGCGGUCCCGAGGGUCCCGCGACCGGGACGGGGUCUCCGUCGCAACCCUCCCCCACCGAGGCACCCGGCCACCCCCUCGUCAAGGAAGAGCCGCAAGAGCGGGAUGUUUCGGCACCGUCGCACUUCGGCCUCUGCAGCCCAUCGGACCCCCCCAGAGUCAAAGGCAGCCCCCCAGGCCCCACAGCAGCCUCGCUCUUCAGCCCCGACAUCACCACCAAGGCAGCCACAGACCUCCUCAUGAAGAUCUCAGCGGCAAACCAAAAGGAGGCCCUGAAGACCCAGCUCUCGGUGAAGGAGGAGCCCCAGGGAGAGGAGGCACGCAGCCCCCGGCUCCCGCACGCUCAGCCGGGGUACAUGUUCUGCCAGGAGGGGCCCGGUGCGGUGGCAGAGCGCGUCCUCAAGCCGCGGGACGAGAGCCCCCUGGCCAAGAGCAGCCUGCUGAGCCAAGACAUCAACAUCAAGGUGGCAUCUGAGCUGCUCAUGAAGCUAUCGGAGAACAGCAAGGAGGCAAGCUUGCGCCAGGUGACCGUGAAGGCCGAGCCCAUGGAGGUGGACCCCCCGGAGGAGCCCUCUCUGCCCCCUGUCCCCCCACGCCUCCUGGGCUUCAGCGCGCUGCCGGGCUGUGAGGCGAGCGAGCCGUUGUCAAGCCUGCCGGAACCCCUGGUAAACCCACAAAAAGCUCUCUUCUCCCAGGACAUAUCGGUCAAGAUGGCCUCCGAGCUCCUGUACAAGCUGUCAGAAAAAGUAAACAAAGCCAACGACCACAAGGAUGGCAAUAUGCUGGGAAUGAACAGCCCUUACCUCGAUGACCGCUUCAGACAAUCACCCUUCGGUUCCGGCCCAAAGGAGCCAGCGUCUAGCGAAGCCAGUUCGUCGGGGCGGGUGCUGCCGCUCGACUGGGAGAAGGCAGGCGUGGACCCAGGAAACGGGAGACCACAGUGGAGGCUCAGCGAGCAGCUCUACCCCUGCCCUGUAUGUGGAAAGGUGUUCGGCCGGCAGCAGACCCUCUCGCGUCACCUGUCCCUACACACCGAGGAGAGGAAGUACAAGUGCCACCUGUGUCCCUAUGCGGCCAAGUGCCGCGCCAACCUGAACCAGCACCUCACCAUCCAUUCCGUCAAGCUGGUGAGCACCGACGCCGAGCACAUCGUCACUGCUGUCACCACGGAGAGUGCUGAGCGCAAGAACUGCCCCUACUACUACAGCUGUCACGUGUGCGGCUUCCACACGGAGCUCAACGCCCACUUCGUAAGCCACAUGUCCCUGCACGUGGACCGCGAGCAGUGGAUGUACGCGCUGUGCUGCAGUGUGUGCGACUACACCUGUAGCGAGGAGGCCGACAUGAAGGCGCACGUCAGCGCGGACCAUGCAGGCCUCAAUCCCAGGAGCCCCUUGAGCGAGACCAAGAGCACGUCCUCCUCGCUCUCGGCCCUGAGCGACUCCCUCAACGGUUCAGAGUGCGGUGAAGCCGCCCACAGCAGCGAGGAACUAAAGAGCCUCCUGGCCCCGCCCUCAUCAGCCGGCAGCCAGUCCAGCUCAGGCAGCCUUUCUGGGUCGGGAGCUGAGGACAAGCCGGAGAAAGGUUUCGAAUGCGUGUUCUGCAACUUUGUCUGCAAGACGCGGACGAUGUACGAGCGGCACCUGCAGAUCCACCUGAUCACACGUAUGUUCGAGUGCGACAUCUGCCACAAGUUCAUGAAGACGCCCGAGCAGCUGCUGGAGCACAAGAAAUGCCACGCCGUCCCCAGCGGAGGGCUCAAGUGCCCUUUCUGCAUCUACUCCACCAGCCGGCCGGCCGCCAUGGAGUGCCACCUGAAGACGCACUACAAGAUGGAGUACAAGUGCCGCAUCUGCCAGGCGGUAAAGGGCAGCCAGGCCGAGCUGGAGGCGCACGUGCGCGAGCAUCGCCUCGGCAACCACUACAAGUGCGAGCAGUGCGGCUACCUGUCCAAAACGGCCAACAAGCUCAUCGAGCACGUGCGCGUGCACACGGGCGAGCGCCCCUUCCACUGCGACCGGUGCGCCUACAGCUGCAAGCGCAAGGACAACUUGAACCUGCACAAGAAGCUGAAGCACGCCCCCCGGCAGACGUUCCGCUGCUCCGAGUGCGCCUUCGCCACCACGCACCCCUUCGUCUUCAGCCGCCACGUCAAGAAGCACCAGGGCGGGGAGGGGCCGGCCGGCGAGGAGUCCCCCCGCUCCACCCGAAGCCCCUCGCUCAGCAUGGCCGCCUCGCAUGCACUCCAGUCGGUGGCGCUGUCCAUCACGGGGAAGCAGCAGCAGCAACAGCAGCAGCAGCAGCAGCCACCACAGGGGGGCGCGCCGACCCCGCGCUACCUCUCUGCCAACGGCGCCUCCUUCUCCUCGCGCUACGACAAAUACAGGAACUGCGACCUGGCGCACCUCAUCCCCCUCACCACUCUCUACACUUCUAGCCAGUUCGGGAGGGCGGGUGCCUUCCGCUUCCCUUCGCCAUCCUUCUCGGACCCGAGGCCUGCCUCCUCCUGCUCGCCGGCCUCGCCCCCUCUCUCGCCCACAUCGCUCAAACACUCCUUCUUGGCCUACCUGGGACUGACGGAAAGGGCCAAGACCGUGUGACCCGCCCCCUUCUCCGCCCAGACUGUGCGGCCCUCCCUCCCUCCCUGUGCCUCCUGCCUUCCGUCCCGCAUCAAGCCCCUCGACCCCUUUUCUCGUCCCCUGGACAGCGGAAAGAUCAAAGAGCCGCGAAGCGUUGGAUCUUCCCCAUCGAGAUAGCGUAACAAGCUGGAUAGAAAAGUAGCUGUGGUAGGAAAAAAAAAAAAACAGAAUUUAUUACAAAAAAACUGUAUGUGCUUAAUGCAUUUAUAUCAAAGAUGCUUUUAUUAUACGUUAUAUCCGUUUUAAUUAUUUUGUUUUUGCUUGAACAUAUCAUUCGAUAAGAGAGAAAAUAACAAAGUGCUACUUUUUUGUGUACUCGUCUUUUGCGAAGCAUUAGAACGCAUGCUUGCGUACGUGUUCCCAUAGUUUUGGUGUCAUUAUGGGCUUAAUAUGAAGUAUCCCAAGGGUAUCGGCGAUGGUGCGGAGACCAGCCGAUGAAACGGAACUGUUCCCAAAGCAAGGCUUCGAUCCCGGCACUUAUUCAUACUGUACAUAGUUUUGUAGCUUUUCCCCUGUGGCUUUUCUUUGUCCUUUUUUUAUAUACAACAGUCACACCAUUAGUCUCUACCGUUCGUUAGUGGUCCUCGGGCACAUCGUUGCCGUCCGAGGGGAGGCAACCGCCUCCGGUCCGGUGGAGUGGACCGCGUCACGGUGCGCUCCGCUGUACAGCCGCUCCGGGAUGGUGUGGGACCGCCAGAGCAACGGGGGGGGGCCGCGUCAGGCCCCGGUGGACUGUGGCGGGCCGCGCUCGACCAGACCCGGGACCUCGUUCUGCAUCGCGCACCUACUUUUCCAAGGUGACCCAUGUUGUCGAGGUGACGGGCGGCGGGCGAGUCUUGCAGCGCCGUCACGCUGGCCGUGCCGAUUCACUGGUGCUUUUUGGGGCUUUUUGUAAUUUUGUGUAAUAAUUGUUCCAAAAUGAUGACUUGAAUGAAUGUAUCGCUUUUUAUCGUAACCGUGGAAGUGACGCAGAGGUAGAUGUGAAGAGUUCUGUUCAGAUUUGGGAAGAAAAAUGCUAGUAUAUUGGUGGCCUUUUGUGUUUGUGAUUGCUUUUUUAAUUAGCUUUAUUAUUAACUUUAGGUUUUUUUUUUUUUUUUAUGAGCCUUUUCGAUUUGAUUUCAGAGUUCAGAUGAUGAGUUUCAGUUGCUACAAACCUUGAAACACCUCGUAAAGAGCCUUGUGGUGUGUUGACGUGACACACGCUUUGCCCUCUGUACUCCUUUCAGAGUCUUUAGCGCACUUCUUAUAAACCUGUUUCAGAUAAAAAAGCACUUAAUUCAGAGGCUCUUUUUGCCUGUUGGGUAGUCUUACAAAACACGCCAUUUCCUAUGUUUACUGGUCAAAGCUGAAUGGAGAUGCCUGUCCGUUGGACUUGUAGCGGCGCCGUGACCCCCUGCGGCUCGCAGGACCCAUAUAUGAAUUAUGUACGUGAAAUGCUUGGUAUUAUGGGAAAAGAAUUUUUUCGGAAUCAUCCUGGGCAGAAAAAAUAAAAAAAUAAUAAGAAAAGCCCAGGCUAAAUUGUAAAAAGCCAGCUUUGCACAGGGCUUUAGUUUUGCACUUUCUAAUGGCCUGUUUACCUGUAGCGAAAGAAACAAGCAAACAGGAUCUGAUAUAAUCAGCGUGAGAGGAUUGAGGAUGAGGAACCCAAAUUGGAUUUUUGAGACGGACUGUAACCCGCUCCCACAGCCUUUAAAGCCAAAACGAUGCGAGUGGAAAAGGGACAAUUCUCACUUUUUGCUUUAUUUCUCUUGAUGUUUUUAGUUAUUUAGUGAAAUGCUCUCUGAUGCUGGUGGUGGCUGGGUGGGGUGGGGUGGGGUGGGGUGGGGUGGGGGUGGUGAU